AUGGGGGAUGGCCAGCCUUGCAGAAUGGCAGAGUCCAUUGCUGGGACUCCCAUUGGUGGAGAGAUCUCAGGAAGAUAUAUCAGCACAAUGACUUCAAGAUUAUUCAUCAAAAUCUGGUGUGGAAGGCAGGUUGUGGGGAUAAAAUUCGAUUUUGGAAAGACAAUUGGCUGGGAGAGGGCUGCAGUCUGGAUCACAAAUACCCUUAGCUCUUCACCAUUAUGCUUACCCUAUCCAAAGUCACUUGAAAGAUACAGUUCUGUGCAAAUUGCUUUCCUCAAAGGCAGACAUAUCCUCCAUGGUGUAAUGAUAGCUAAUGAGGUCUUAGCUGAAGCUAAAUUCAAAAAUAACCCCUGCAUGAUUUUCAAACUUGACUUUGAAAAAGCUUAUGACUCAGUUUCUUGGGGAUUCCUAAACUAUAUGAUGAUGAGGAUGGGAUUUUGUGAAAGAUGGGGAAAAUGGAUCCAUGGAUGCCUUUCUAGUGCAACUAUAUCAAUUUUGAUCAAUGGCAGCACUACUAGAGAAUUUUUGCCUGAGAGGCGACUGAGGCAAGGAGAUCCCCUUGCACCUUUCCUAUUUAAUAUAGCAGCUGAGGGACUCACUGGUUUGAUGAGGACAACUGUCUCCAAAAACCUUUUCAGCAGCUAUAAAGUGGGGAGGCAAAAGGAGGAGAUUAACAUCUUGCAGUAUGCAGAUGAUACACUGUUUUUUGGAACUGCAACUACAGCUAAUGUUAGAGUCAUGAAAUCUAUCCUCAGAAUUUUCGAGUUGGUUUCAGGACUCAAGAUUAACUAUGCUAAAAGCCAAUUUGGGUGCUUGGGUAAAUCUUUGGACUGGUGCAGGGAAGCAGCUAGCUACCUUAAUUGUGGCCAGCUGGAAUUUCCUUUUUCUUACCUUGGAAUUCCAGUAGGGUCCACCUCUAAAAGCUGGGAUGUUUGGCAGCCUGUCAUCAGUAAGUUUGAAUCUAAGCUGCCUUGGGCUGAUGGUGGGGUACCGUUUAAAGAACGAUUCUCAGAAUUAUACCAAAUCUCUUCCCAAAGAUUGCAUUCUGUUGAAGACAUGAGGUACUUUUCCGAGCAUGGGUGGGAAUGGAAUUUCUCUUGGAGACGUAAUCUAUUUGAUAGCGAGAUGGGGGUAGCAUCAACUUUCUUAGAGACUAUUGCUGCUAUCAGAAUUUGUGGUACCCUGAAAGAUACCUGGCUGUGGGGAGCUGAACCUAAUGGCAUCUUCUCUACUAAAUCAGCCUACAACCUCAUUAAAGUAGAGCAGCUUUUGGAAGAUCAAGAUUCGGGUUUUCACCAGCUUUGGGAUCUUAAAGUCCCCCCUAAGGUUCUGUCUUUUGCUUAG